UUUAAAAUACUUACAUAAUUCACAAAAUAUUACAAAUGAAUUUUUAAAUGAGGUUAAUGCAUAUUCUAUUGAUACUAUUAAUAAUAGAAUUCUCAAAAUAUAUGGGAUAUCCCAAAAUCCAGAUACAAAUAACUAUAUUAUUGUACUUGAAUAUGCAAAUGGUGGAAAUCUUAAUAAUUACAAUAAUUAUGUCAUUAAGAAUUACGAUUGGUUUGAAAAAUUGGAUGUACUAAAUAAAAUUGGUGAAGGUCUUCAAAAAAUUCAUGAAAAUAAAGUAGUCCACCGUGAUUUCCAUACAGGAAAUAUAUUGAUAUCAAUUAAUAAUAUUGGUUAUUAUGAAUCUGGAAAUAAUACAAGUGAUAUAUAUAUUUCAGAUAUGGGAUUAUGUGGAGAAGUUAGUAAUAUAGACAAAACAAAAAUUUAUGGAGUUAUGCCAUUUGUAGCUCCUGAAGUAUUAAAAGGAAAGCCAUAUAAUCAAGCAGCAGAUGUAUAUAGUUUUGGUAUGAUUAUGUAUUAUAUUGCAACUGGAAGACAACCUUUUUUCAAUUAUGCUCAUGAUAGUGUGUUAGCAUUAAAUAUAUGUAGUGGAAUUAGACCUGAAAUAAAUGAACAAGAAGCACCAAAAUUUUAUAUUGAUUUAAUGAAAAGUUGUUGGGAUGCAGAUCCAGAAAAGAGACCAAGUGCUAUUGAAAUCAAUGAUUUCCUUCAUUUUGGUAAAGAUGAAGAAAUUAGAAAGCAAAUUAAAGAAGCAGAAGAAUAUAGAAUAACAAAUUUUUUAUCUACUGGAAAUAGUCAAUCAGUUCAUCCACAAGCUUGUUAUACUUCUCGAUUACUCAAUCAAUUUACAAAAGAACUUCCAAAACAUGAUGAUACUUACAGUAUUUCGGCAGAAAUUAUUGAUUUUACAGAGUAUGUAACAUUUUCUUAAGUGGGUUACCGAACAAAAAUGAAAAAUAAGUCAAUUAGAACAUGCAUCUGCACCAAAUAUAAAAUACAUUUUAUAAAAAUUCAUCUAAAAAAAGUGAUGAAUAUAAAAUAUAAAAGGUGUAACACAAUUGUGAAAACUCAUGUUCUAACUAUA